AUGAAAGCCAAACAAGGAGACAGAAAUGAAGCGUGGAGUUCGGAGAUAGAGAACGCUGGACCACUACAGGCACCUCAGUCCAAAUGGAAGGUUUCCAAGUCCGGGGAUGGCGAUACCGCUAUGGCCCUCUUCACGAACCCAGAAGACCUUCAUGAAUAUGUUGAUCCAAAAGAGGCACGAAGGCUACUAUGGAAGAUCGACUUGAUGAUUCUCCCUUACCUCGCCGUUUGCUAUGCGUUCUUCUACAUUGACAAGACAACUUUGAGCUAUGCAGCAAUAUUUGGAAUUCGAGAAGACCUGAAUCUCAAAGGGACCCAAUACAGCUGGCUCAGCAGCCUCUUUUACUUUGGAUUUUUGGUAUGGGCACUUCCUACCAAUUUUAUGUUGCAGAGGUAUCCCGUUGGUAAAUAUCUAGGGGUAAAUAUUUUUAUGUGGUUCGUUUUAAGCUUGCCUUUGUUGGGCUUCUUCCUAAUGCUCCAAGCAGCCUGCAAGAAUUCUACUGCCCUUGCAGUUCUUCGUACUCUUGCUGGUGCAGCUGAGGCAUGUUCUGACCCUGGCUUUCUCCUUGUUACAAGCAUGUGGUACACCCGAAAGGAACAACCCGUACGACUAGGCUUGUGGUAUACCGCGAAUGGAUUUGGGAUAGCUAUAGGCGGUCUCCUUGGUUAUGGAAUUGGAAGUAUCAAAGGAGAUUUGCCAUCUUGGAAAUAUGAAUUCAUUAUCAUUGGUGCAUUAUGCUGCGCUUGGGGAAUUGUUAUAUUCCUCUUCCUCCCUGAUUCCCCGGUGACAGCACCGUUUCUCAAUCAAAGGGAUCGGCGCAGGGCUGUUGAGCGUGUCCGAUCAAAUCAAACAGGGAUUGAAAACAAACAACUCAAGCCAUAUCAGAUAAAGGAGGCCUUUCUCGACUACAAACUUUAUCUAUUUUUCCUUCUUGGAGUAGUAUGCAACAUUCCCAACGGGGGUAUAUCUAACUUUGGAACUAUCAUAAUUCAUGGUUUCGGGUUUUCCACCCUUGUUACUACUUUAAUGCAGAUACCAUACGGAAUUAUCAUUGCGGUGUCUAUCUUACUCUGUGUAUACCUAAAUAACAAAUUUGAGAACCGACGAUGUCUCUUUAUUAUCCUAUUUCUUCUACCAAACAUAGCAGGUGCAUUUGGACUUCGGUUCCUUGCCCACGACCAAAAAGCUGGACGACUGAUAUGCUACUAUUUGACUGGCCCUUACAAUGCUGCUUUCGUCUUAGUGCUCAGUAUGCAAAUUGCUAACACGGCUGGCCACACAAAAAAGGUGGUCACCAACGCCGUGUUGUUCUUGGGCUACUGCACUGGCAACAUAGCUGGUCCAUUUUUCUAUAUCUCAGAACAAUCACCUUCAUACCCACUCGGCAUCUGGUCAAUGAUAGUAUCACACCUCAUUGAAGUCGUUGUUAUCUCGCUUCUGGGUUUCCUUCUAUGGAGAGAGAAUAAAAGGCGCGACGAUGUACAAUCCCAACAAGAAGGUGGAUUGGAAGGCCGGAACCUCGAUUCUACCGCAUUCUCCGAUAUGACGGACAGAGAGAAUCUCAAGUAG